GUACAUCUCUGAUCUCCGUGCGCGUGGCUCCCCUGGGGAGUGGCAGACGGGUCACUCCCGUGCCACACAUGAGGACGCACGGAGUUCGGAGGAGAUUAAGGGCCUCGCCUGAGGGCUCCCAGUUGCUGAUGGGCAGGGUUCGUCUACGCCAUCACCUGCCUGACCCCUAAGCAGAGGUAUCCCUAAAACGUGGUAGACAACGCCCCCCCCCCAGAUGCCCCGUUCACGUCUCAUAUUCCUCUGUCUCCGUUCUUCUCAGGGUCCCAUCACGAUGGAUUGGUUGAGGGACAAUUUCUGGGCCGUCCUAGCUGUGGCCAUCUGCGUUGUGUCCGUGAGCCUGGCCCUCAUCCUGUACUGUGCCUGUAGACAGCUGCUUAGACAAGGCAAGAGGUGGGACGUUGCCAAGCCUUUGGGAAGAGGGCAAAGUGACGAAGAGAAAACGUAUGAGAAUGUUCUUAAUGAAUCACCAGUUCAGUUACCCCCUCUGCCGCCCAGGGGUUUGCUCUUCCCAGAACACACCCUCCUACAGGACACCCCGAGCCAGCCGCCGGCCACAUACUCGCUGGUCAAUAAGGUUAGAAAUAAGACCCUCUCCAUCCCGAGCUACAUCGAGCCUCUAGAUGAUUAUGAUGAUGUCGAAAUCCCCGCAAAUAUGGAGAAGCGUCACUUCUGAAACACCCGUCCCUUCUUUCCGGCGAGCUGAGGAGGGUUCGCGCGGAGGACUGUACGCCAAUCGAGAACGGAAGCCCUUCGGUAACGGGAUCCUCAGAGCUGGCGGUAACGUGGCGCAGCUGUGUAAAAUAAACAUUUCCUGAGGCUUCGACGGAGAGGCAUCAGCGGCCACAUGACCUCCCAGAGGAGAGGGGCCGCAGCUCUGCCCUGGAGGCCCGGAGCGGUCAGGCCUCCAGCUACUGUUGAGGGGUGCCCCUGGGGUUCCGUGGCUCCUACUCGUGAUAAUCCACCCCGUUCUUGACCCCCCCCCACCCGCCUCCCCUUCUCUUGUUCGGUUCUAAGCGAUCCCAGCUCUUGGUGUUGGACUCUGCAGAACACCCGGGCUCUCAUCCCCGGCUGGGCCCCACGGGCCCACCCGGCUGCCACACCCAGGGCCGUGGGUGGGAGAUCCGACCGAGGGCUCCGGCUGAGUGCUCCUGCGUGCAGGUUACUACAUCACACCCGGCAGGCUCUUCAAGGGUGAGUGGUGCUUUCUGUUCUUGAGAACUGUCCCCACCUACACACACCCCACACCCCAGCGCCCGCCCCCCCCCCCCACCGUGACGUGGGCCGGGAGGACCGUGGAGGUUCAGGUGCUCACCCAGAUUUGUGCUUCCCGGUAACGUGUGACAGUCCACAAAGACACAUGUGGCCUUCCGGACCCGAGUGCGUAAGUUACACGUAGCGGUAUCGUUUUGCAGUAUGUGUGAAUGCGGAGCGGGGGCGGGGGGAGCCACAGGGAACGGGAAACAAAGGCACAAUUAAAUGGCAGAUUCAAGAUGACGGUUGGAGGGCUUCGUGUCCCCCCACCUUACGCUCAUGACUGCUCCCUCCCCUGCGUACAUUCCCUGCAUACGGCCCCGAGACCACCGUCCCCAGAACCCCUCAGCGUUGCGGCGCUGCUGACGAGAGGCAGGGUAGAGGACCACGGUCCUGUUCAACAAGUGCCCUGGUCCCCAGGGCCCAAGUCAGCUUGGAGGCUCCGGAAACUGGCGCUGAUCUGCUGGAGCCCCAGGACUGGACGCUUCCUAAGCAGACUGGAGAUGCUGGUUUCCCAGCAACCCCUGGGAAACCCAGCACCGAGCAGACUCGCAGGGAGAGCGCCGUGAACCGCAGAAAGGCCCGGAGUGACCCUGGGACCGAGCUCCUUUGCAAGAGAUGGACGGCGUGCACCUGGUGUGCUCAAGCUUACCGCCUCAGCCGCUGCUGGACCAGUGGGGACAUGUGCUUCCUCCGGGCUCCGUCUUUCUGGGUUCCACAGGGACGUCCAGCUUCCUGUGUUACCACCACCUUAUAGUAGGCCGGGGGUUCCCUAACUGCGGCCGUGUGGAACUCUGGGACUCCGUGAGCCAGAGAGGACUCUUUCCUCCAAGUUCUAGGGGGAAAAAAAAAAGCCCACGCACAGAAGUGCUUCACUUGUAUGGCUUCCUCUUCUAAAUUUUCUGAAAACCACCCACAUCUAUGACGAGAGUUAAAAGCAGAUACUAGACAGGUCUUCCUCAGGCCCUUCCCGUCCCGGGACGCCUGGGGCUCAGCAUCCCUCUAUUCUGACAGCUUCCAGACGGCAGGCUCCAGCUGAGCCUUCUCCUCAGUCCCAGGCUGGCUGCCCCCAGGACACCCCCGCAUGACCUCCCGACAGGCCCUCGAGGUCAACACACCCCAGAAGGAACUGAUGGCCCACCCCCCACACACACACCCACCACUGGCGUCUCACUCUCCGGUCCCCUUUCUGCACAGCUUUCUAAAGGGAACAUCUAACCACUCAUUCUCUUGUUUAAAUCUCUUCUUCACCCAUUGCCCUCAGAAA